GUGGUCUUCUGGGGGAUGAGGCUGUGGCAGGUGGUCGGCAUAUUCGCCCUCUUCGUCCUGUCCAUCAUCGUCACCCUCUGCUGCGUCUUCAAAUGCCGCGUGCCCAGGACCCGCAAGGACAUCGAAGCCCGCUACCUGCAGAGGCAGGCCGCCAAGACCUACGCCAACAAGCUGGAGACGGUGCCACCCCUGAACGAGCUGACCGAGAUCCCAGGAGAGGGGAAGAAGAAGAAAGCCAGCGUGGCCACCAUCUCCGAAACCGUGGAGGAAACUGAGGCCAGGGGAGGCAAGAAGGCCAAGAAGAAAGGAGAGGCCAAACAAGAACCCAACCCCGAGGACCAAAAGAGGGAGAAGAAGGGCGGCGGAGAUAAGAAAGAAGGCGGCGGCGGCGGCGGGAAAAAGAAGGCCGCAAGAGAAGGCCCCAAGUCCGCGAAGAAGAAAUGAGUGACUUGCGGGGAGGACUGAGAUAGACGCCUCGUCUUUUGGCCAAAGGGGCAACGGGGCAG